UGACCUGCUUGUUCCACAGUUGUGAUGUUUUGGGAAUAAGGGCGGCAAACAGAAAGAGUGGAUUGCAUCACAGGACUAGAGAAGAGACUCAACAAUGAAGCUCAGUCACCACAACCUCAACACUUGAGCUCAGCAUCAUACAAGAUGAAAACAGUAUGACCAGCUCUGGAGUUGAAGCUGAGAUGGAGGAGCAAUAUUCAGAAGGUGAAAACCACAAACCGGUAUCACCCUGUAUAAGCUCACAGUUAGGAGAUGGCAGCCCCGCAAAGGAGCAAAGCCGUGACCAGAAGCCAAUGGAGAGGGAGUCCCCAGAGAGCCCUUCAGCAAUAAAAAGAUGGGAGUUUGGCCCACUUCUACAGUCAUUCAAAUCCAAGAUAGCUAGCUUUACUGAGAUUGUCAUGACCCCUGUUCGGCUUUUUAAGCCCAGUGACUCUCUAUCCUUGAUCACACUUCCUGAUCGCCAUGAACAGUUGAUAGAGUCAAAUGCUGAAAAUUCAACCUGGACUGAGGAGGCUGAGACUGAUAAAUGUAGAAAUGGAUUGUUUCCAAAAAGGCCUUCUUUGGAAAAGGUGCAAUGCAACACUGCUCCAAAACGCCACAGAGUUGCACAGAGACUGAAUUUUUGUACAAUUUCAACGAGUAACAACUUCGAACCAGUAUUGGAUCAUAUUCAAAUGCACGGCGAGUUUUCACCAAAUGAAGAAAAUCAGAUAGACCGUCCUUCAAGCCAGUCACAAGCCGUCCUUCAGGAUGGGACACGUGAUGCCAGUCCUUGUAAAGCACAGAGUCCUUUCCUCAGGACUAGACCAAAUCUGUCCACAGAGAAACUUUUGAAUUCUGUAAGUGCCAUGUGUGUGUCCAAGCAAGCCAAUGUUCGAAUGGAUCCGCUGAUUGUUCUGCAUCAUCUGUCAGGUGAGAGACAGACCUUUAGCAGUGACACAGCCUGUGGACAUAGUGAUGAGUCUUACUUUUCAGAAGAGGAAUCAAACCUCUUGAAACCUGAGUCUGAAAGUAGCACAAACAAAGCUUGUGCAAACAAGCCUGAUCCUGGAGUCUCUUUUAGCACUUCCUCUGAUUUUGAUUUGAUAGAUAAAGACACAAGCACAGUUGGCAGGGAAGAAUCUUUUUCACGUAUGGCCACAAGGAAAAGCCCUAGAAAGAAACAUCUGUCAGGGUCGGCUGAACCCCCCUCCACUGAAUUGGCUACUUUUGUGAAAACAAAAGGAUCAAAGACUUUGGAUGUGGAGAUGAAGGAAUCACCAUUUGAAAACAGUAUGGAGUGGACACACCACUCGGCUAAAGUAUCAGACCCUCCAAAGACCACUUCUGUCAGGGAAGUGAGGCCAAAGAGAUGCAGGGAAGCUCUUCAGACAAACAAAGACUUAGAGGCAAGGGGGAAAUGUGAUUUGCAGAAUGCUAAAGAGAGAAGACCUGCGAGGAAUAAAAAAGUAAAAAAAAAUGGCAUCACUCUGGAAAUAAACCAGGAGGAAGAAACAUUUGUUCAGGUUAGGAGAAAGAGGAAAGAGUUUUCUACAAUGCAACCACUCCAAGACUCAAAUGUGCCUGUUGGUACUAGUAAUGCUGCAGCUGGUGAAAUGAGAAAUUCUGUUGAAACCUCAGAUCAAAUGAGACAGGACAAGAUGAUGAGAAAAAAUGUAAAAUGUAGGACGUUACUGACCUCUAGCAAUGAAAAUGAUGCCACUGAAACUACAGCCUCUCAGAAUGGCACACAGAAUGUCCUGAUUGACGAUACCAUGAAUGGUCCAUCAGAACCUCCAUUGUUUCGGCAGCCUCUGCAGCCACAAGAGCCUGAGAAGACCAUUGAAACUCGAAAAACAAGACGCCAUUUUAAAAGUACAGGUGUUGCGUUGCAUAGGAGAAGCAUUCGUUUGCCCAAGCACAAGUUUGAGGACUACAGCGUGACUUCAGUGGUUGAUCCAGCAGGGCCAAGUAAACCUUCAAAAAGAACACUACUGCACAGUGAACAGUCUGUUAUUGCAGCCGAGAAGCAGGAGACAUGGAUUUCUGGGCUGAAAGCAGAAAAAGAAAUACAGGAGAUUUUGUCACCUGGUUCAACAGCUCCGGUGCAAUCAGAAAGAAAACUAAACAGACCCACAAAGAAUGUAAUCCGACCAAGAAGAAAAGAUGUUUCCGUUGAAAAAAGGAUAGGUGCUGUUGGGGGUAACAAUGAAGCGGGGAGCCAAGAAAAGACAACGGAAGCUGUUCCAGUACUAUCAUUGUCAGGUAGCGGUCCCAACCGUCUCCUGCGCAGCUACUCCUGCCCUGAAAUCCCGUCCCUAGUAUUCAGUGACUGUCAUUUACCCCGGACCCACACGCAUGACAUCAGCACUACCUCACCCAGCAGAAAGAGCUCGCCCACACCACUGCCCAUCCACCUUCACUCUCCGUCCAAGCGCACUCGCCGGCACACUGUCUGCAGUGUGGAGAUUGAGCGUGAAAUUGCCCCUUUGUGUCUCCGUAAGGAGGUGUACCCUGCCAGUCGGGGUGGCCCUUUUUGCCCCUCUUCCCCUUAUUCUCCCUCCUCCUCCCUCAUAGCCCUUGCCUCGUGUUUUUUGUCCAGUCCUUUAGCGUUCUUGUCUAAAAGCUCAAGCCAAGGGCGUAGUCAUGCUAGUGCCACCAGCUCUGGCAGUGUUUCAGCUGCCUCCAGUUUUAUCGCAUCAUCAUCACCAUCCUCCUUCAGUCCCCCCUUUUCUUCCACCCUCACGUCCUGUCAUGCUUUAACCGGGCCCUCCUCUGUCACUCCCAGCCCUGAGACACCUUCUGCCUCUGUGUCAUCACUCUGCAGUGCGUUUUCACAAAGUUCUUUGGAAGGAGACAAUCAAGUGCUUCAAAUGGAGUGUGAGGAGUCAAUAGAUGAAGAGAGAUCCAACUUUGACCUUAAACUCUCUGCUGCCAUCUCAGAGGAGAAAGCAUUAUCAGACUCUGAAAUCAAGACAGAUAUCAAGGAUGGUCAGCGUGGAAAGGUGUCCUCAAUUCGUAUCCGUAAAAAGAUUCCAAAGCCUCAGAAUAAUCUCACCCCUAUGGGCCUUCCUAAGGUCAUCAGAAUAAAGAAGAAGGAUUUCAGCUUGGAGGAAAUCUACACAAACAAAAACUUCAGCAAACCUCCUGAUGGACGUUUGGAAACCAUAUUUGAGGUGCCUCUUAACCGGCAUGAUGGCUCUCAGGCUGUCGUGGGCCAAAAAAAGGUGAAGCGCUUUGUCGAAUUCCCUGAACUGGGUGUUGCCAGGAAGCCCAAGAAACCUCUGGUCGGUAUAAUGGCGGGGGCUGGAGCCCAGAGGAACGCUGGGUUCUGUAGAACCAGACGAGGUGUCGGGGUCUCUUCCAGAGUGGAGGAUGGCCUCACCUUGCAGCAGCUGGAGUCCCUCCUUUGCUCCAAGCUUGAGGAGUUGGACAUCUGGAUGACACUGCAGCAGGUUGCGGGCUGAGGCAGAGGUCUUGAUUGUUCUGUACCAAACAAUGGGCUUUGUGUGUAUUAUGUUCAAAUUUACUGUAAAUUUGUAAAAUCAACAAUAAAUAGACUUACAGAGCUGUAAAAUGUUUUUCAUUACUUAUGUACUGUAAAGAUCUUAAAAAUACAUCACUUUCUUUUUAUAUUUUGCAAGGUAAUGGCGUUUAUUUGUAGAUUGGACUGAUGUAACAAGAAACAACUCUGUUUUGUCUUUUUAUAACCAUAAGU